CGUAGCUUUGACAUCCCCAUCGCCCUUAUCGGAUGGGUCGUCCGCCACAAUGUGAUGCCCAACACCAGGGUUGGAGAACUAAAGGUAAACAGAAGGGAUAGGUAUUAGGAGUCGGAAUCAGGGGUGAGGAUGCGAGGAACGCUAGCCAAAGGGCAGCUCAAGCCUCAAGGUUUCAGUGACAAACGGACAAUUGCAAAGACAAAAUUACUGUACCACUCAGUUAAACUUCGACGCAGGUGGUACAACGGAAAAGACGUUCGAGAUAUUAGGACGAAACAGAUGGCGGGAUCCUUCCGCUGGGCAUUUUUUCAUCCAUCGGAUCAGACCCAUAGCCUAGACUCUUGGAGCCAUCAAAAUGAUCAAACGGGUCAGCAUGAUCGGCUUCGUUCCAUCUCUCGAUCUCUAUCCGUCCUCGAUCAUAUCUCCAUUCUCUACUAUGCAGAAUAUCAAACAAAUCGAUCAACGCCCUCGAGGCUCGAACAAUGGCCUUGUGAAAUCGUGAUCAGCGAUGUCCAUGUCAAUCGUCAAUGGCGUUUUCCGUGCGGUGAUUACAUUUCGAGGAAUUCCAGGCCCCUGGGUCUCAAGCCUUGUUUAUGAUUUCCCAUUUCCGGGCAUUUCCCAUUUCCUUGACAUCAGAUCCUAGAUUUCCCUUCAAUUGCAACUUGCAGGGUCACUGGCAGUGC